AUGUCGGUGUCCGUGUCCAGCAUCCCGGUGGUGCUGAAGGACAAGAGCUGCUUCCAAGCCAUGGGCAUGCUGAAGGGCAGUCCCGCUCGAGGCUUCUACCCAGCCCCUCUCCCCCACCCGCACCCCCACCACCACCACUACGUGGACUUCUUCCCGAGGACUCACAGCCUCCUCCACCCGCUCAAGUCCCUCGGCCGUCUGGUGUCGGACACUCAGGCGAACCUGCCGCUCAACCCGCACGGCGGAGCCCCUCCGUUCCACCAGCAGCAGCAGCACCACCCCCCCUCGUUCCUGCACGAACACAUGCUGAGCGCCUCCGGCAUCCCUUACCUGAGCCAGAUGUUGCCCGGACACCCGCUGUACCCUAAGCCGGAGGACCUGGCCGCCGUGGUGACCGAGCACGCCGCCGGUCCGCUGUCCUCGGACUUCAGCAGCCCGUCCAGCGAGAGGUCGUCCUGCGCCUCUUCCUCCGCCACCUCGCCGCCCAAAGAGACUUUGUUUCGCCUCCGGUCGCCAGAAAAGGCACGCGCGUCUUAUAACUUUAGCGAGGACGACUUGUUCAUGGUGCUCUACGGUUACUCCGGCAGCCAGGAGCGCUCCGUGGGUCACGCGAUAUCAGGACUGGCCCUGCCCGAAAAGUCAGUUUCGAACUCUCACACUCUUCCACUGGACAAAGAAACACUUGAACUUCCUGAGGGGUUAACCGUCGUCCGGGCAGCGUGGGGAAACGUGUCCCACUGUGGAGUUUUCACAGACAAAAGCAGCGUCCCUCAGGGCACGCGCUUCGGACCUUUCCAGGGGAAACAGGUUAACACCAGCGAGAUUAAAACAUACGACGACAACACUCUGAUGUGGGAGGUGUUUGAAAACGGCCGGCUGAGUCAUUUUGUUGAUGGCAGGGGAGGCUCAGGGAACUGGAUGUCUUCUGUGAAGUGCGCUCGUUUCCCAGAGGAGCAAAACCUCAUCGCUGUGCAGAUCCAGAGUCAGAUCUUCUAUGAGGCCUGCAAAGAGAUCCGGCCAGGACAGGAGCUGCUGGUGUGGUACGGAGACUGCUACAUGCAGUUCCUCGGCAUCCCUCUCACCCUGAAAGACCCCCGAGAGGAAAACGGCGUGGUUCCUCCCCCUGAAGAUUCCGGUGAGGGUUUCAAGUGUGACAGAUGCGGGAAGGUGUUUGCAUACAAGUACUACAGGGAUAAACAUCUGAAGUACACGCGCUGCGUGGACCAGGGCGACCGGAAGUUCCCCUGUCACCUCUGCACCCGUUCUUUCGAGAAGAGAGACCGAUUGAGGAUCCACAUUUUACACGUUCACGAAAAACACAGGCCUCACAAGUGCUCAGUUUGCGGGAAGAGUUUCUCACAGUCGUCCAGUCUCAACAAACACAUGCGCGUGCACUCUGGAGAACGGCCGUACAAGUGUGUCUACUGCAACAAGGCCUUCACUGCUUCCAGUAUUCUGCGAACACACAUCCGCCAGCACUCCGGAGAGCGGCCCUUCAAGUGUAAGCACUGCGGGAAGGCCUUCGCUUCGCACGCCGCCCACGACAGCCAUGUCCGACGGACCCACGCCAAGGACAAACCCCACCCCUGCGACGUGUGCGGAGCUACUUUCCAAGAGGAGCAGGAAUGUAAAUAUCACAUGAAAGCUCAUAAAGACCGGCAAAUCUUGGACAGCACACUUGUUCCUCCUUCUCCCGGAAGUGGAUUACAGAAGGGAUCCGUGUAUCCAGCGAAGGACAAUCCAAAAAUACAGAAGAACGCCGGACAAAACUGUCCUUACACGGGGUUAACCGUUUUAAAUCCCGAAUACCGGCCCUGGAACUGA